UGCAGAUAUACCCAAAUUGCGCCAACCGGGCAAUAUUUUUUUUUUUUUUUCAACCAUGGCCAAAGCCGACAGAGCGAAGCGCAACAACGCUUCCAAUGGCCCAUACGAGAAGCCAAGUGAAAAAAACUCAAAAACCAACAAUGUCUUCAAGUUCAACACCAACUUUGGUCAGCACAUUCUGAAGAACCCCGGUGUCUCAGACGCCAUUGUCGACAAGGCCUUUCUCAAGCCCACAGACACCGUCCUUGAAGUCGGUCCCGGUACUGGCAACUUGACAGUCCGCAUUCUGGAAAAGGCCAAAAAAUGCAUCUGCGUCGAGCUGGAUCCUCGAAUGGCGGCCGAAGUCACCAAGCGUGUGCAAGGAAAGCCGGAACAGCGAAAAUUGGAGGUUUUGCUGGGAGAUGUGAUCAAGACAGAGCUACCAGCUUUUGAUGUUUGCAUCUCAAAUACCCCCUAUCAGAUUUCAAGUCCCCUCGUCUUCAAGCUGCUCUCCCUGCCCAACCCUCCUCGAUGCUCCGUUCUCAUGUUCCAGCGUGAAUUUGCCCUCCGUCUCACAGCCCGCCCCGGCGACGCCCUCUACUGCCGCCUGUCCGUCAACGCCCAGUUCUGGGCCAAGAUCACCCACAUCAUGAAGGUUGGCAAGAACAACUUCAGGCCUCCGCCGCAAGUCGAGUCCUCCGUCGUGCGCAUCGAGCCCAAGAUGGGUAAGGACCGGCCCAACGUCAGCUGGGACGAGUGGGACGGCCUUCUGCGAGUGUGCUUUGUCCGCAAGAACAAGACGCUCCGCGCGAGUUGGCUGGGCACCAAGGAAGUACUCGCCAUGGUUGAGCGCAACUACCGCACCUGGUGCGCCAUGAACGGCGUGCCCAUCGACGAGAGCGUCGUCGAGGGUGCAGAGGAGGAGGACGACAUGGAAAUGGAUGACGGUGGCGCCAACGAUGGCGAAGACGCCGGCAUGGACGUCGACGACCUCGGCGAUGAUACCCCCAGUUUCUUCCAAGACCUCAAGGCCGCCAGCGCCAACGUUCCCAAGACCAAGAGCAAGCGCAAGAAGACCAAGGUUGCGGAGCUCGUCCGCGAGAAGAUCCGCAAGGUCCUCGAAGACGUGACAGAACUCGCAGAUAAGCGAGCCGGUAAAUGUGACGAAAACGACUUUUUGCGUCUGCUCUUUGCUUUCAACGAGGAGGGCAUUCACUUUUCAUAGAUGUCUCUUUCUUUCUUUCUUUCUUUCUUUCUUUCUUUUUUCUUCUACUUAUUGAUUGAGGUCACCGAGAUGGUGAAUCUGAAAGAGAUAUGAAGUUAUGAAGGAAUAUGUCUCUAUUAGAAGACUCUUUUUUUUUCUUUACACCAUGGUUCGCAAUAAAAGCCGGGAAAAUGGGCGUUACUGGAGUUUUAAAAACCAUCUUGCACUGGGCAUCGAAGAAGCAUCACGUUUUUGUUGCACGCCUGCGGCCUUACAUAUAUAGUACUUACUAAGUAGUUGGAAAGAAAUGUUAUCAUAACUUAAGAGCACAAGAUAUAGCCUCUAAAAAACGCC